AUGUUGAUGUACAUUCUUGGAGCUUUGGAUGUUGGUAUGAGGCUUCAUGAAUUUUUCUGACUCCAUUUAGCUUUUUGGUGUGGCGGAGGCUUGACGAAUAUAUUUCUAACGCUAAAUCGCUGCUGUGUGAUGUACAGCAUGAAGCUGAAUGAAACUAUUUUUGGGCCAGGGACGGUUUAUAUAUGGAUUUCUCUUUCGGUCGCUUAUUACUUUGGUUCGCUUUUCUUUGUUCCUCCUCCUUUGUUCAAUUCGCUUGAACUGACUUAUGUCUCAAAUCCUCAUGUUGGAUAUUUUGGUGAUCCAACCCGAGAAUACACGGUUUUAUUCGGCCUCGUUCAUAAUUUGGUUGACUUUGCAGUCAGCAUUGUCGCCAUUACGGUUUUCUUGACUGUAUACCAAAACAAAAGACACAGCGUUGCGCAUAACCAAGGCUUUGAUCACCAAGUAAGUUAACAAUUUAGCAUCUUAUGCUUGUUGUAAUCUAGUAUUUUGAUUAAGAUCUUUUUAUAGAUGUUUAUUCAAGUACUUCUUAUACACGCGUUUCAAUUACUCACCACGUUUGGGUUUGAUUAUAUUCGGAUUUUUGGAUCCUCACGGCCCUUGAAUGCAUUUUUACUGGUUACUUAUAUGAUGUCUCAAGGCAAGUUUAGAAGGCAGUUGAUAACUUUUUUAGGAAUUACUCCAAUUAUCUAUCUGAUUUUCAACAGUACGAUUAAAAGCGUUUUGGUUACGCAGAUUCUACGAAUUUCAUAUUCCCAGCGGCAUUCUGUGAGCGUUAAUCCGAAAUCUCAAUAUGUAAAAUCAAAUAAAAUGGUGAAAACAUUAACAGUCCAAUAA